AUGCAAAACGUUCUCUGGUACGGCUCCUUGGCAAUCCAAACAAGCAACCGGUAUGAUGACAGGAACGCAUUUCCGUCGAAUUGGAUUGCAGCAAUUCGCCGAUUGGGUCGGCGAUUGCAAAAAAAAAAAACCGGCGAUUGGAUCACCGAUUGGGCAGGAAUGGUAAUGUCGGUUCCAAAAAGUAAUGACAAUUUGUCUGAUUCCUCGAUACCAAUUGUUAAGAGUUUGGUUGGGCCUCCUUAUGUCCAAAGUGGUGCCCUAUAUGCUCUAGGGUUUCUUAACACAAAUGAUGAUGAAAAAACCAAAGGAUUCAUAAUAGAUAUCCUUAAAGAAUCAGAAAUCGAGGUUGUCUGGCAUGGAGCUUGUCUUGGUUUAGGCUUGCUAGUACUAGAAAGUGCUGAUGAUGAUACAUACGAUGAGAUAUUAGGUGUUGUCUCCUUUGUAAGUGUAGGCGGUGAUGGUACAGGUGUUGCUGAUUUAAGGCUUGCUACCAGCAUCAGUAUUGGAUUGGUAAAUACUAGAAUUUUAAGUGAGAGGACAUACGAGAUGGUUGCACGUACACGUGAAACACAACAUGAAAAGCGGAUAACGUAUGUCCUCUCACUUAAAAUUUCAGCAUUUACCAAUCUAAGACUGAUGCCGGCAACAAACCCUGAAUUAGCAACACCGAUACCAUCACCGCCUACACUUACACAGAAGGCAACAUCCAAUAUCUCAUCGUAUGUAUCAUCAUUUGCACUUCCUAGUGGUACCAAGCCUAAACCAAGACAAGUUCCAUGUCAGACAACAUGCACCAAACAAGAUAGAGGCGAGAGGGAGGGUACUGCGGCGAAGUUGGAAAGGAGGUGUGUUUGGUUCGCAAAUGGCACUAAAGGGAGGGAGGGGCAGGAGAUCAGUGGAAGGAGAGAAGUGAAGGAAGGUCAGACUGCUGGUGGUGCGGCUCCUCCCAAUUUGAUUAACGAUGGAAGAUAG